GGUGAUACGUUCUCAUCCACCUGAGUGCUACGUGGAGUCAUAUUACCCCGCCGUGCUAGCUGGCCUGGAUUGUAGCCAUGCUCCAGACUGUCUGUGGAUUGCACUGUGAACAGACACCAUCUGCCCACCGCUGAGGCUGGGGUGGGUGUGAAGGGACUGCAGCCUCGAAGCAGGUUCACUGACUAAAAAACCUCCCCUACGAUCAGAGCCCAGUCGCUAUUUGAAGGUUAUGGAGCUGCUGCUGCAGCGGCAGCGUGGGACGAGUCUCUGAAUGGUAACAAGCUUUAUUCAUUUUUUUUUUUGAUUCUCGCCGUUGCCAGGGCGACGGGGAUGAUCAGAGCCACAAUGGAGCUACAAAUGUGUACUGCACAGUUGCGAUGAUGGAGGGCUUGAUAGAGGGCAACGCUCCCUAAAACCGCGAUAUAACAGUCACGAUGAACUAUUUUUCUGGGCUCGGCCAACAACGUCUCGUCUCCGAGUCAAAAGAUCGGGCAUCCGAGCUACACCCCAGGAACUGAACACAUGCCCCCAACCAGGGACUCACAGUAUCAUUUGAAAGCAAGGUGUUAUCUUUCAGAUUAGCUGUUGAAUCAAGGAGCGAUCUGCUUGCUGAGCCAAAUGUAAAAGAUCCCAUGGCGUUACCUGAAGAAGGAGAUUGAAUUCUCAUGGUAUCUUGGCCAAUGUCCAUCCGUCAGAUAGACAGAUAGUCGGACAAUUUACUCACUUGGGACUUUCAGCGUGAAAAGCAGCCCUUCUUUACCUCUGGCAUAUCGUGACGGCAGUUGGAGAAUUGCCCAAUUUCAGCCCUUUAUCUGGACGGUUCAAAGAGUUUACAUGGCAUUCAUCUCAUAUUUCGCUUGGGCAGCUUACAACCCAGCGGUAUGAAUAUUGACUUCUCCAACGUCCAAGUAACCCUUGCUUUCCCACUCUUUCCAUCCCUCCCCCACCCUAGUUCUCCGACUAGUUUCACUGUCCACCUGAUUAAUUUUACUGAUUGGACGCCUCAUUGUCACCUUCCCCUCAGCUAACGAUGGACCUUUCUACAUUUCCCUUGAUCACCGUCCGCUUUGAUCUGCCCUUUUCACACCUCUCCCUUACGUGUCUCUAGACUCCCUCUCCCCUGAAUUUGAGAUUCCAGCUACCAAGGCAGAUGUGCACAGCAAUUCGUUCUUCCCCCGCACAAUUAGAGCAUGGAAUAAUCUUCACCCUACCAUAGUUACCCAACCAGAUGCAACUACAUUUAAGGUAGCUCUUUCUUCCCAAAAACCCUUUCUGGCCUAAGUCCACCCUCCACCACCACCUCCAGUUUAAAUUCAAUUUGGAAUAUUUUGGAGGACCAAUAAACCAAGAACCAAGACUCUCAGUCCCUCCACCACCUCCAGUUUAAAUUCCAUUUGGAAUAUUUUGGGGGAGCAAGAAACCAAGAACCAAGUCCGAAGGAGGGUCUCGACCCGAAGCGUCACCCAUUCCUUCUCACCAGAGAUGCUGCCGGUCCCGCUGAGUCGCUCCAGCAUUUUGUGUCUAUUUUCAGUGUAAACCGGCGUCUGCAGUUCCAUCCCACACGCUGAGAUACAUCCUUGCCCGGCCAUGGGUGAGCAGACUGCGGAGGUGUCCGCCGCUGAGAGGCAGCUGUUUACCUCCGAGGAGCUGGAAUGCAAGAUCUGCUACAACCCGUACAAUCUGAAGACCAGGAGGCCCAAGCUGCUGGAGUGCUUCCACAGGGUGUGCUCCAAAUGCCUGCACAAGAUGGUCGACUUCGGCGACUGCUCGCUGGGCAUCAUCAGCUGCCCCUUCUGCAGAUACGAGACCAGCGUACUGGAGGACGUGGGCGGCCUCCCGGACGACAGCAACGUGGUUGCCGCCCUGGCCUGCAGGGAGAGGAGCCGGAGGCCCAACUUGGACAACCCGUCGGAGCUGCUGCUGUCCCCGAAGAGGCUGGCUUCCUUCCAGAGCCCCUCCCGCGCCUCCUCCAACUGCCUCGUGAUCACCAUCAUGGAGGUCCAGAGGGAUUCCCCGCAGUCGCAGGGCUCGGCCCCGGCCGUGGAGUUCUACAACGCCAGCUUCGACUCCAUGGGCUCCGUGUCUCGGCAGUGGGCCGUUUGGAACUGCACCCCCCUCCUGUGCCAGACGGUGGGCAGAAUCCUGGUCUGGCUGCUGGGCCUCCUGUACUUCAGCUCGCUGCCCCUGGGAGUCUACCUGCUGGUGAUCCAGAAAGUCACCCUGGGCAUCAUCUUCGUCAGCCUGGUCCCCUCCAGCCUCGUCAUCCUCAUGGUCUACGGUUUCUGCCAGUGCUUGUGCCACGAGUUUCUGGAUUGCAUAUCUUCCUGAAAGGAAAAGGAUAUCCCAGAGUAAGUGCGAGCUUACAGUGUGAGGCAGUGAUGCGGCGAGGAGUCGAGGCACCUUGUUUCGUAUUAGGUCGGGGUGGUGAACUGUGUAACUGUUGCCGUUGUACUUAACUGAAGAGACCUCCCUGGUGGUAGUAGAUUAUUUACGUUCUAUGGUACUUUGUAUGCCACGUGUACUGAGGUACAGCGAAAUUCAUUUCUGUAUGCAGUUCAGUACAAGGAUCACUAUACAUGAGCACUUCAGGGGUCAUGGGGAGAAGGCAGGAGAAUGGGGUUGAGAGGGAGAGAUAGAUUUGCCGUGAUUGAAUGGCGGAAUAGACUUGAUGGGCCGAAUGGCCUAAUUCCGCUCCUAUCACUUUUGGCCUUAGAUGCGCCUCAGAUAAGCAUCUCAGAUACAGUACGAGUGUAUCAGAAAGUAUACAGUCGCCAGUUUGGAGCCAUUUUCAGGUCCCAGUUGUUUUGAGUGCAGGGUUCUUGGCCUGUCCAUGAAGGCCCGUUGUCAUGGCGACGUUGCAGGGUCGGCCUGGGCAAGCGUAGCCGUGGUGUCCUCCACCGCUGUAGGCCGCGUCCGGUCCACAUGCUCGGCCUCUUGGAGCGGCGCCCGGUCCAGCCGAGCCCCAGGUGCUGCAGGGCGGUUACCUGUAACGACUGUACAUCUCCUCGGGAUGUGAUAUAUAUACAUAUAGAUAGAUAUAUAUAUAUAUAUACACUCUUGCUGCACAUUUUAUCGAGUACAAUCAAGAGUUUCGAAGGACGAGCGGGGCAAUAAAUCAUUCGCAUCAUCACGUUGACAGAUGGGAAGGAGCAUUUUAACAAAACCCUUAAUAGACCUUUAAAUCUAAGCGGCCUAUGGCCUUCUGAUAGGAAUGGAUCUAACCCAGUCCUUAUAUAUCAUGUGGUAUAAAUCCUGAGGAAAAGAUUCAUGCUCACCAUAAAACAUUCGGACAGAUGGGUUAUGGAUUUUCUAGGACUUAGCAUAUAGAGUUCGCCAAUAAAAUAAAUUAAACCGGAACUUCCUGAUGGGUAGCACGGUGGCGCAGCGGUAGAGUUGCUGCCUCACAGCACCAGAGACCCGGGUUCGAUCCUGACUAUGGGUGCUGUCUGAACGGAAUUUAUCCGUUCUCCCCGUGACCUGCGUGGGUUUUCUCCGGGUGCUCCGGUUUACCCCCCACACUCCAAAGACGUGCAGUUUGUAGGUUAAUUGGCUUUGGUAAAAAUUGUAAAUUGUCCCUAGUGUGUGUAGGACAGUGUUAGUGUUUGGGGUGAUCGUUGGUCGGCGCGGACUCGGUGGGCCAAAGAACUGUGUCUCUCAACUAUACUAAA